AUGGAUGAAGAGCGUUUGCGAAUGGAGAGGUCAGAUAGAAAGAGUUGGAAAUCUAGAGUUACUGGCAUUAGCGAAUUCGGCCCGGGAGGUCCGGAAGGAUUUGGGGAACAAUCACAACGACCGAAACCUCAGCGACGCAGGCCCGAGACGGACGAGGAAGAUGCGGAAUACAGAUUGGCGAUAGAAGCAAGCAAAUACGAAGCCGAAGAGGAGAAGAAGCGACGUGCACAAGACGCUGCACCAGUCCAAGAUGAUGACCUUGCAAAAGCCAUUAAGCUCAGUAAAGAGGAGGAGGAGCUACGCAAACGUGAAUUGGAAGAGAGCAACGCAUCUUCUCUAUUUGAUGAUACGCCCAGCCAGACGCAACAACAGCAGCCGCAAUUUACAGGCUACAACCAAGGUUACCAGCAGCAAGGACAAGUGGAUUUCUUCGGCAACCCAAUCAAUCAACAACCCCAACAAGCCCAAAAUACAGGGUAUCUCAACAAUGCGUACUCUCAACCAACAGGCUUUCAAAGUCAGCAAACAGGCUUUCAGAAUGGCUUUCCAUCUCAGCAAACAGGAUUUGACCAGAACCAGCUUCAACAACAACAACAAACCCAAUAUCUACAACAACAGAAUACCAUUCAGCCGCAACAGACUGCUUUUGACAUGAACAAUCCAUACGCACAACAGCAGAACAGCUUUGGCAAUCAGCUACAGCAGCAAUCUCAGCAAUCUCAAGCACAAGCUGGUAGCAACAAUCCUUGGGCUACAAACCAGCAGCAGCAGAUCAAUCCACUACAGCCAACGCCUACUGGAUCUAAUAAUCCCUUCGCAACCAACCGUCCUCAAGUCCAGCAACAGCAAUCCAGCCCACCCACUUUGAGCUCUCUUGCAGAGCAAAGGACUGCCACGCAAUCUAACCAGCCGUCAACAUUUAACCCCAUCGCAAACUAUCCGGUCCCACAACAACAGCCCGCUCAACAGCAAAAGCCUGUGAACCCUCAACAUGAGCGUCUGAAUGCCCUCCUCGCAACCGGAGAGGGCAUGGAUACAUUUGGUAAUACAGGUGACCUACGAAUACCAGCCCAGCAUACUGCACCUGGGACGUUCGUCAACAGUGCAGGUCAAAACUUGAACAGAUUGAAUGCGACUCAAACGGGUAACAACCCGUUCUUCAGUCAACAAUUUACGGGCCAGCCUCAGAUGCAGGGUAGCUUUGGUGCUCACCAGCAAAUGCCAGCGCAGACCGGCCCUGCCGGUAUUUACGGCCAACCAAAUAACAACCCCUUUGGAUCAAGGCCACCAGGUCAAGCUCAGGCACAGGGUGGAAGUUUGAUCGAUUUAUAA